UUAUUAAAAAUCUUUUGUGUUUGUUAUAGAGGCAUACAUGUCAAAUCAUAAUCUGCGUAUGCUGCUCUCAGUUUCUUAGAAUGAUUCCUCUGGUUGAUGCCUCCUCUCUCUUUUAGUAAAUAAUGCAAUUCAGAUAUCUGCAAUCAAGAGAUAGUGGGUUUUUGUUGGGCUUGGUCUCCUCUGCAUAACCACCACUUCUCACACACCCACAGUUAGAGAGAGAGAGAGAGAGAGAGAGAGAGAGAGAGAGAGAGAACUGGGUUGGACCAUAGUUCUUUCUAUUGAUUCAUGAGAGUAGUGCCAAUAAAAGAGGAGGCAAUGGGAAGAAAGGAUGAAAAUCAUCAAAACCAGUUUGAAGAAGGAUCAAAAGCUCUUGUUAGAAUCGACUUGGAGUUGGAUGAGUCCAUCACUACAGUGAUUGAAAGAUCGCCAAUCCAUAAUGGAAGGCCCACUAGCAUGAUCAUGAAGAAGCCACAUACUGUCAUCCCUCCCCAUAUAAUUGCCGAGGCCAUCUCCAGCCUACGUGGCCUUGAUCUACGGUGGUCCGGACCCAUUACCCCGAGCGAGAGGAAGUAUGUCGAGCAAUAUGUUCUUGCUCGAUAUCCCCAGUACUCCAAUGGCUUGCUAGAAGAAGGAGACACGAAUGACCUCUUCUCUCUUAUCUACCAUGAUGAGGCAAUAGAUGGGCAGGACGACAAGAAGAAGUCCCCAAGAGGUCUAAAGGACUCAUCCCCUUCUUUUGUGGCUAACCACUUGCCAGACCUCGAGAAAUCUCGGCUUGAGCCAUCAAGACUACUCGAAAUCUUGGCUAAGAAAUCCUCAUUUCCUGAGAAAUGCACCGCUAUACCGGAAAUUCAUGCUAGAAACCGGGUUCUAAAACAUUGCGGCCUAACUGAGGAUGAAUACUCAGUGAUCUUCACCUCUGGGCAUAGAGAGGCCAUGGUGCUUAUCGGUGAGAGCUAUCCGUUUUUCCGCUACAAUUACUAUAUGACCAUACUAGAAGAAGCAACUGAUUACAUAAGGGAAUUUGCCACUUACAAGGACUCAAAAGUGGUGCCUGCUCCUGAGACAUGGCUGGACCUCAGAAUCGCAGGAUCGCAACUAAGCCAAUAUUUUCGGCGAAAGUGUAAGCAUAGUCCAAAGGGGUUGUUUGCCUAUCCAGCUGAGAUGGCGGGGACAAGGUAUUCGUUGCAUUGGGUUUCAGAGGCUCACCGAAACAAGUGGCAUGUUUUGCUUGAUACCACUUCUUUACUGGUGGGAGAGGACCAUUUGAACUUGGCUCUUCACAGGCCAGACUUUGUGUUAUGCACUCUUGAUAAGAUCCAUGGCCACACCUCUAAGGUCACCUGCCUAUUGGUGCAGAGGAGGUCUUUUGAUACUUCUUCAUCAACAUUACAAUAGGGAAAGUUCAAGCUUAUGAUGCCUGGAUAUAGCUAUGAACAAAACUACAACAUCAGUUUUUGGUGUCUAUUUAUAUCAUAGGGUACUCAUUUUUGGAAAAAAAUUUACCUCUGUUAAUUGUACCCAUUUUUCAUGUAUUUUUGCGUCGUAGGUGUGAACUAUAGCCCAAUAUGUUCUAUAAUUUAAGAUAAUAUCAAUCGAUGGAAGUCAUGGGAUUGUUGCUCAG